GAGAGAGAGAGAGAGAGAGAGAGAGAGAGAGAGAGAGAGAGAGAGAGAGAGAGAGAAUAUGCAGAAGACAGGAACCUGUCUUAGAGAGAAUGAAUCAAGGAAAGUUACCCAAAAUAGUUGACAAUAAGAUGGAUAUGGAAGAAAAAGCAGUUUUUAGCAGCUGCAGGAGAUGAGACACUGUCUUGAAGACAGAGACACUGUGUACAAAAGUACCAGGCAUGAAAGAGGCUGGCAGAUUUAGAGAAUCAAGAAACAAAAAUGGACUGGAAAAGAGGAUGGGCAGGAUAUAUGGAGAGAAGGGGGCUUAUAGGGGUGACAGAGAAAACUGCUGCCUCUACCUUCUCCACUCUGAAAGUGCAAAUUGCCCAGGUUAUUGUCUGCCUUUCUUAACUGACUUAAGAACUUAACUCUGUAGAGCCAAAGCUUGUCACAGCAAAACUCAGAGGCCCCUGGUACCACUACCCCUUUCCCCAUUCUAGCCAUAAUGUCCACUAAGGGGACCAUACUCUUCCACCAGCUCCACAGCAAGGCAGUGACCAAGAAGGAAGAGACAAGAGCCUAAUUGCAUGUCUUAAAACUCUCAGUCCAUCUGGGGCCUGACUCUGAGGGAAUGGGCUGAAAAGGAAGAAGAGAGGAGGGUGUUGUUUUGUGGUAGAAAUCUUCAUUCCUCAUAGAAAUUUCUGGAGAGGCAUGGGGGCUGGGCCAGGGGGUGGAGGUAGAAGCUAUCUUGGAAUUUAGAAUCAUCUGGGUGCUCCAUUGGCAAACUCUCUGUAGCAAAAUAUGAAACUGACUCAAUCCUGGGGAGGGGUCCAGGAGGCAGGGGUGAGGCAGGAUAGUAAGAGGAGGGGAUGUGGUUUGUCUCCCCUCAAAGGGGUUUGGGACAAAGAGGCUUCUCUCUUGUUCCUCUAACCUUCCUCUUCUUCCAUCCCUACCCCCAUCCUUGGCACCAGGGCCUCUGGAGCAAAGGGAAGAAAAAUGAGUGGGCAGAAACAGCUGGAUGCAGCCAGGAGCACAUCUGGCCUCCCUGGGCCUCAUUCCCCCUUCCCCCAACACUCUUUCCUCCUUUUCAGCAGGAACAAGAGGCUCCUGGAAAGCCCCAACUUCUCACCAGCUCUUCCAUGAGCACACCCUGGUCCCAGGGCCUGAGAUUUCUCCAUGCAGGAGCAGCCAGAAACUCCAGAGGCGGCGGCAACGCCGGACACACCACCCGCCCAACUGCCUCCAGCCCCACCGCCCAGCCAGCUGCUGGUCCCUUCUCUGCCAGUGUUCGUGGACCACGCAAAACAACCAAGCAAGGAACUCAUUAAGCCCAAAGCAAUUUUAGGGCGCCCAGUAGAGAGACCUGCAGAGGCUGCUGCUGCUGCUGCUGCGGAGGCUGCUGGUGCUGCUGCUGAAGAGUGCCCGGCAUUGGGCACCAGGGGAGUUGGAGUCAAAAACCAUCGCUGUCAGCGGAUCCGAGCCAGCCGAGAAGCAGGCUCACGGUUUGCCAUGGAGGGCUUGGAUGAUAAACUGAUCCUGAACGUGGGGGGCAUGCGCCACGAGACCUACAUCAGCACCGUGCGGGCCUUCCCAGGCACCCGCCUCUACAAGCUGACCGAGCCACCCCCGCCUGGCAGUCCAGCUGCUCAGGGUCCACCGGUCCGAGAGUUUUUCUUUGACCGUAAUCCUGAGCUCUUUAGCUAUGUGCUGGGCUACUACCGUACUAGGCAGCUGCACUGCCCCAAUGACGUUUGUCGGGAUGUCCUAGAGGAGGAGCUGGCUUAUUGGGGCCUGGCGGAAGCGCCUUUGGCACCUUGCUGCUGGCUCAAGCUAAGUGGCAGGGAGACCCGGACCCAGGACUUCCUCUCCUGGGAGGCCUGUGAGAACGCCCACCUAGAUGAACGUCUUCUGCUGAACCCCAUGGAAGGCCAGGGACUGCGGAAUGCUUGGAAGCCAUGGCUCUGGGUGCUUCUUGAUCAACCCCAGUCUUCCCUAGGAGCGAAGUGCCUUUCCCUGAUCUCCACACUCUUUGCUGUGUGUGCCCUGGUCAUCUUCUUCCAGGAGACAGAAGUUCAGCUGGAUUACUUCUCUGCCAACUUCACUCCUAUGGGACAUGGGGCGGGGGUGGGGGGAAACCAGCAGCAGCAGCAGCAGCAGCAAAACAAUGGUCUUGUUUAUCGCCGUGCCCCCCACCUGCUCUACCUGGAAUUACUCUGUGCCCUUUGGUUUGGAACUGAGCUUUUUGCACGAGCCAUUUCCUGCCCUGAUAAGGUGCGCUUCCUGUGUAGCCCCCUCAACCUGGCUGACAUCUUCUGUUUGUUCCCUGUGCUGGUGGAAUUAGUGGUGGGUGACAAGGCUGAACGGCAGCCUCGCCUUAGCCUCACCCUUGGGGCCAUUCGUUCUCUCUAUGUCCUCAAGCUGGUUCGUCUCCUGGGCUUUCUUGAAAAGUCCCUGGCCCUGAGAGUCCUGGUUCAUACUCUCCAUUCCUCCUGGAAAGAGGUGUGUGCCUUUCUCCUGAUUUGGGUGGCUGAAAUCUUAUUCUUUGGCUCACUCUUCCUCUAUGGGGAGCUUUUGGGCAUAUCAACCCCAGGACAGAGUGAGCUCCACUUUGGAGACAUCUUUACCUGUCUCUGGUGGACUGUCAUAACUCUCACCACUGUCGGCUAUGGAGACAUCUACCCACUCUCUGCUAUGGGCCAGCUCACUGCUGCUGUCACAGCCACCGUGGGCAUGUGCACUGGUGUCUUGCUGGUGCCUGUGCUCCUGGUCCGCUUCCAGCGCUAUUAUGCUGUAGCCCUGGCUCGCCAGAAACUAAGGCCCAGUGGGAUCCUAUAAUAGGCCCAUUGGUCAAGAGGGGUGGAGCCCACCUUCCUGUACUUCCUCUUGCCAGUUUUUGGUUACAGAUUAGGAUUUCUGGCUUUGGAUUUGGCAAAGAAUCCUUCAGGAGCAGCCCCAAGUCAUGGCAAUUCCUGCUAGUCAGGAGCAGAUAAAUAUCACCUAUAGGUCAGACUCCUCAUCCUCAUCAAGGGAAGAAGGAGCUUAGGGACAAGGCUAGUUACUUCUUACAUUCCCCUGCCCCACCCUAGGUCCUUCUCUGAAUACCAGAAUGACCAGGAAGAAUAGAGUAUAGUUCUUCCUGGAUUGGUGCUAUAUCCCUCUCUCAACUAGAUCUCCCUUCACAUUCACUUAUCCCUUGCUGCCCAACUGGACCCUAGUCUAGAUGGGAGACUUUUGCAUGAUGGUAGCCAUAGUAUAUCAAGAUUGGUUGCCCGUGUCAAUGGUGAUUGGCUGUGGGUAUCAAUGAUAAUUGUCUGUGAAUAUCUGACAGCAACUGGUUAUGGGUAUUGAUGACAAUUUGUACUUUCAGUGCCCAGGAAUAGCCAGAUUGUAGCAUUGCUCUCUCCGUACUGCUCCUGGGACAAAUGUUCCUUAGAGGCAGAAGGAGGCCUUUGAAGAGUCUCAGAGACUCCAAUCAGAUGCGGGUCAGCCACGUCUGGACCCGAAGCACUCUUAAGUCCAUAACCUCCUCAUCCCAUUAUAUCCUUGCCCAAUUCUGCCUCAUCCCCUCUUCUCCCCAUCUUUGAUUUUUUUCAAAAUAUUUUAGAUUUAGUAUUAGCCAUCAUUAAUCAAAAUAUAUUAGUCAAUAUUAACCACAGUAUCUCAGUCAUGAUAACAGUAUGUAGUCACUAAUAGACAUAAAAUGUUAUCAUUGCAUAUUGUUUGGACAGGAAUGAGGAAACUGGGAUUGUGGACAAGAGUACACAAACAAUUUCCUCUUCCAUAUUUUUUCUUUUUUUUUUAAUUUUACUCCUUUACAAUUCUUUUUUUUUCCUUCCAAAUACUUUUCAGUACCCACAACGGGUCUACCUCCAAUCCUCGCUGCUAUUGAAUAUUCCCACCUUCCAACCUCUUCCUCUUCUUUUUUUUUUUUUUUUUUUUUUUUUUUUUUUUUUUUUUUUUUUUACUACCUGUGUGCUCUUCCCUCCUGGCUUUCCCAUGGUGUUCCCCACCAUGCACCUCUCUUGGAACUGGCUUCCAGGAGGGACAGAAGGGACCUACUCAGGUCUAACUUCAAAUCAAGCCACUGGGUUGUCUGAACAAGUAACCCAGGCAACUAGGCAGAGCUGGGAGGUUGAAUUGAGCCCUCACUGUUGCUGAAGCUGUGAGCAUAAUUCUGUUUACAAAACUUUUAAAUAAAAUAUCCUUUGAUAUCUCUA